AUGGAUGAAAUUUUUGUGCCUUAUUCAAAGCCAAAGAAAAAUGCGAAAGAUGUAAAGCAUUGAGCCGGGAAAAGUAAAAACAAUAUGAGAAGACCCUUAUCUGGGAUAAAUAGUGAUAAAAGGACAAAAAAGAGUACAGAAAGGAGCUGUGAAGCCUGAGGGGAUGGACGAGAAGAUUACUAUAAUUGAUGGGAUACAGUUCCAAAAGCUGAAAAUGAAUAUAUUUGCAACAGAAGAAAAGCUCAAUUAAAAGGUCGUAACAAAAUUAUAAAUUAUACUAAUCGGAAAUUUUCAUCAGAAAAUCCUUGUAAAAAACUUAUCAGACAUUUAAAUUGGAAAUAUUGGCAGAUUCUUGAUAGAUAUGAUAGCGGAGAUUGCGAGAUAAAAUGAUUGACAUUCGAAGAUGGAUUUGAAGACUCAAUAUUCCAUGUGGUUGAGGACCGCUUUAUCAGAAAGUCAAUAAGAGCACUUGUAAAUCGUCAAAAAGCAAGAAAAAUUCAGGAAAAUAUUAAAAUCUAA